UAUAGCUAGAUCUAGUAAUAAUUAUAAUAAAACUGUAGCUGGCAUGCUACAGCAACUUAGCCUACUAAAGCAACAUGCUCUGCCUGAUGAAUUGUAAUACUAGGAGAGUAGACCCAGAAGAAAUGGGUGUGCAAGCUGAAGAGUCACUGUUCAAGAGGCAAUGUCUCUCCAGUCUAACAACUGCAGCAUUGCGGGAUUGAGUGGAGUGGUGCAAGCUCUCCAGUCCCUACCUCGAGUCCUACCAUCAACUUCUGUGCUCAACAUCAGUAAUGCAGGAUUAAACCCAGUGGACAGUCUGUUGCAUGCCUGGUUCUGGGGAGGUAUGAUAAUGAUCAUAAGUGUAGCCCUCUUGUUCUUCCUCUGUGUGUUCUACUGCUGUGUCUGUUGCUGUGUCUGUUGCAAGGAGGAGUCUUACAAUCAGAAAAGCUACAAGCGCUCUAAGAUAUGCUGCGCUCUGUUCACCAUUGCAUUAAUUGCAUCAUCAAUUGUUCUACUGUGCGUGUCACUAUGGUUGGAAACAGAAGUGGACAAAGGAGUCAUGUUCUCUCCCAACAACAUGAGCAACGCUAUCAGUGGACAGGGCGUUGUGGAGACCUUUGAGUUUUACAGAUUCCGAGUGGCACUUGGUCUUCUCUCAGUGGUACUACUAGUCCUACUGCUCUCAUUGUUUGCGUUCUGCUGUGCUCCCGCCUGCAAGUCCCCAGCUGUUGUUGUCAUAUUCAUGUUUCUUCAUGUCUUGACUGCUCUUCUUCUCUCCGUCUAUGCUGGUGCGACCUUUACACUCAUUGUGUUUGUUUCUGAUUUGUGUGUGGAUAUCUACAAAACUCAGUGUGAUGACAGCUCUUUUCUCAACGGCUCUUCAAUUGAUAAUUUCUGCAAUGGAGUCGUUGUGGAUGGUUUUGCCAUAGUGAUGCUGAGCUGUGCAACUGCCCUCAUUCUCUACUGUCUGCAAGUGUUUGCUGCCAUCUAUGCCAAUCUCAUCAGAAGUUCACGGUACUCUGCAGUGGAGACAGUGGGCCAGUCGUCGGAGAUGUUUAUCAGCACCCCACAUACCGUGGGGGGCACAAGGUUCCACGGUGGAGUGUGGGACGCAUACGGUUCCCAAACUGCCAUGGGUGUUAAGUCACGUGGGCAGAACAUACCCUCUGGCUACACCCCCGAGGCCUACCCUAUGGGUGCUGUGGCACCGGUGGCCCCAAUAGCCCCGCUACCCUCAGACGACUAUACAGGGAUGAAGGAAAUUACACUUCGUAUGCAAGAUAUUGAUGCAGACUCAAGUAAUGAUAUGCACAUAGUGGAUGUUUAAUGAAUGUGAACACACCUCCUAGUAGACUAGUAAUAGCUAGAGAGAACUGCUUUACUGUUUGCGUUUGUGUAUGUAGUUCACUGUGUGCAUGUGAUGUAAUAAGUAUGUGUAUACCGUG